GUUUAGUACGUAUGUAGGGCGGGGAGGUUUCGUUAUCGUACGUCCUUAUUUUCCCGAAAAACAGUGUUUAGAAAAAAGAACUAUAAUUGUAACUUUCUAAUUUUGACAUUCGUGCGUUUUAUGAACAUUCGAGACUGUUUCGUUUCUUUGGUGGAAAGUGUUUAUGAAAGUGGGGCAGGAGAGGAUGUAAAUAUUGGUUAAGCAAAGAUCAGGAUGCGUUCAAUGCCAGUUAGACAGGAAAAGCCAAUAAAAGCAGUGAAAAAAGUUUCAACGCCAAAAAGAAAACCUAUAAGCGACCCAGCUACUCCCGUACGCAAUACCAUUGAUGAAACUAUAAAUUUCGUAAUACUCGGACAACUUUCUUCACCACAACGUGUUUCUCAAGAAAAAGAAAGUGGUGUCCCAGAGAAAGAAAGUGUUGUGCGGGUGAAAAAGAACGCUACUAGAAGUCAUAGAAUCUUAAGGAAAUUCGAAGGCAAAAAUUUAAGAGUUAAACCUUCGAAAGAAAUUAUCGUUAAAUCAAAUUCCAAAGCUCAAACAAAAGCUGCCAAAAAACUAAGUGCCCAAAAUAGCUGUAAAAAGAAAUUUAAUAAUAAAAUAGCAGAAAUUAUUACGCAACCCGUAAAAGAAAUAACAUUAAAGAAACCAAAACUUGAGAGUGUAUCAAAAGAUAGCAAGAAAAAACUUAGGGAAGUAGACAAACCAAAGAUUACAAAGAAAACUAUAGUUAAGGCUAGGACAAUUAUAAAACCAAUAAUCAGGAAAUCGAAAAAAGUGACGGUAAAAGUUACUCUAAAAGCAUCAAAAGAAGCUCCCGUAAAAAGAUCAAAAGGCAUCUCUUUAAAAUAUACGCAGGAUAUUUGUAUAAAAACACCAAAAGAUACUUCUGUAGUAUCGACCAAGGAUACCUCUGUAAAAACAGCAGAGAGUCCCCAAAAAACCACAAAGGAUAUUGCUUUAAAAACAACUAAGGAUAUUCCAGUAAAAACAACAGAGGUCGCUGCGAAGCCAACAGAAACGACUCUAAAGAAAACAGAGAAAUAUGUAAAGACAAAUAACAAACCUCCAGAGGUUAUAACAAUUCAUGAUGAGGAUGAGAUCAAAAAACAACAAACUAUACAACAGUUGUUGAAACAAGUGAAUGAAGAAAUAAAAUCUAAAAAAUCCAAAACUCCUAAAAUUAAAAAGCGAAAGAAAAUUCCUCUAAACCCAGCAGAGAAUUUGGUUAAAUCUAAAGAUAAGGCAGAAGAACUUUUUGAUCAAAUAGUCAAACUUGAGUCAGCAUACUCCCCUUUGGAGAUUAAAAUAAAAGAAGAAAAACCAGAACCAAAAGUAGAAAUAUCUUCAGAAGAUAUUCCUGUUGUACCAAAAACUGAACUUUGUUUAGAUAACGAAAAAUCUGAGGAUACCAGUAAAACUGAAGCCGAGGUUAAACCUGAAGUUCAGCCCAAGGUUGAAACUGAAACUCAAAGUAGAAGUGAGUCAGACUCGUCAUCCAAAGAAAAACAGGCUUUAUUUAAAAAGAAGAAAUACAUAAAUCUAAAAUCAAAACCAAAGUUAACAGUUAUCAAAAAGAGAGUUCUGCAAAAAGGUAAAAAUAACUUAGAUGAGCAAGCUUGUAAGACAAAGCUCUUUAAAUUUUGGAACGGACCAAAGAGACACAGAGUAGCUUCUUUAAAUGCUUUAGCUAAGGUUCACUGUCUGUAUGAAAAUGAAACACGAGCAACGAUCUUGGACGUGAUCGAAGAAUCCAACAAAACCGCUUAUAUGCCCAAAAGUAUCGGAACCAAAACCAAAUUAACUAAAAUUGACAAUUCCGUUAAAAAUGUUGACCUUGAUGAUGAUGAUGAUGAAGAACAAGAAGAAGAAAGUUCUCCUCCACCAACUAGAAUUUUGCGAUCAGUUCCUGGUUUAAGAGCAGUCGGUAAACACUGGGAUAUGCACGAUACAACAAGCUCAGACGAAGAUGAUCGUAUUUGCAAAGUACCGGUUAAGACCGAUGAGAAAGAGAAACCAGAGAAAGAGAAACCAGAGAAAGCUCAGCCAAAACCAAAAAUAAAAAAGGAAGUAGUUGAAAGGAAACGAAAAUCGGCUGAAAUAGUCAUGGAUCUAAAGGAUAUGGUUGUUCGUAAGAGAAUGGCUAGUUUGAAUGCUACAGCUAUAUUGGCAGCCAGCUACUCCGCGGAGAGGCGACCAAAUAAAUCCAAAUAUAGCGACGAUAGCUCCUCUUGCACCAGCAAUUCUUCUGAUGAAUAUUUCGCUGCCUUGGAUAAAGAUAUUAAGGUAGAACAAGACGAUAAAAAGGAGGAAUUGAUCGAUAUAAGUACUACUCCUAAUAAAAAAGUUGCGGUUAUUUUAAACCAGGACACGGAUGUGACUAUAACUGGUGUGUAUGUGAACAGUACCACUAGAUCGACUCAUCACGAAGGAUAUUGCAGUAUAGCCGGGAUGCAGUAUAGGAUUUCUGCUACUAGUCAUACACAAACUGCUUCGACAGCUGUAUCUACUGAGGCUAUUCUUCAAUCUUCUUCUACGAGCGGUCCUGAAAAUAGUAAUAGUGAGUCGUUACCGUCAUCUAAGUCAUACACUCCUCUCGAUGCAUUAUCUAAUAUGCAACCCCCACCGGGACCCGGUAUACAACAUCCGGUUCUGCACGGACAGCAGAUGGGACCACCGCAACAUGUUCUUCCUAUGCCUCCACAUCAGCUGUCGCCAGGUCUUCGUCAUAGCUGUUCCAGUGCGUUUUCUUCACCUCACUCAACGCCUGGUUAUCCCACGCCUCCAGGCCAUCAUCCACCGGUGACGGGAGAAGCACAUGCGGGGUAUUAUCAACCGGCUGGUCCAUUGAUAACAGUACCUCCUUCGCACGGCCAACCGACUCAUCCUGCGCCACCGCCGCCAAUCAAAACUAUUUCUCUGUCGGAAACAUCACCGUCUUCGUCGACGACGCCAUCUGUAAUAUCGCACGACGUACCACCUCCUCCACCCAGUUCCAACGGAGAUUCUUCGGAUAGUGAGGUGAUAAUUACGUCAGUAACCACGGCGAAAGACAGCGUACCACCUCCAUCACACCCGCCUGCAGCUUAUAGGUACCAACAGUAUCCCGGCUAUUCCUAUUCAUACCCUCCUCAUUCGUACCCCUAUCCAACACCACCGCCUAACUCGCCUUAUUCACAUCACGACAUGUGCUAUUCGCCCAAUCCUUAUGUCCACCAUAAGUACCCCAUAAGAAGAUACCUCACACAGUACUAUCCACCUCCCAAUCCGCCGGAGAUCUAUCAAGUGCCGCCUAGUGGUCCUUCAUCACAAAACCAACAGGUCGUAUCAGCCACUCCUCCAUCGGCCAACGGUGCAUCAUAUUCGAACGCACCACCGCCAACAAUAAUGGAGACCUACGCGCCUCCUCAAACUGCGCUAGUGGAAAGCUACCAACCACCUCCACCAGCGCAUUACUACCCGCCACCAGUAUAUGGACCACCAACACCUCCUUGCUACUCUUCGAGAUCGAUUCCAUAUAUAAAUGCAUACCAGAGUAGCUGUCCGUGUCCAAUGCAGUCCUGUCCAAAAAACGUACUUACUGGACCUCUUACUGGUAGUUGUAAGAGGUCUAAUAUGUCUUCAAUUUCCAAGGAUUCUAUGCCUUUGCCUCCAGUCGCUAUAAUGCUUCCUCUUGAACCUGCAAGUGCAACGGGUCCUCCUAGUCCUGCUAGAGGUUCAGCGGGAAUGCCACCUCCGCCAUCACCAGCUGGAGCUACUUACCAAGCGCCUCCAGUUUCGACGAAACAAGAAGCGAAUACGCCGACAAAUCAAGAAGAUUGCAAAACGGAGAAGAAGCGGAGACCGAGGAUUGGCAAAGCGAUGGUUAGAGACAAUAUAGCAGCUAGUAUGCAGCAAAAUACCAUGCUGCUAAUGUGUAAUCCAUCUCAGAACUGUGUAAAACGGGAGAUUGAAAGCCCGAAGGAUUCAGAAAUUGAACAAAAAACGGAAAUCUCAUUCAAGGAAGUACAACCGUGUGAAAUAAACUUACUACAGGACCCGUGUCCUAUAGAAGAUGAACCAGUGAAAGAAGAAUCUCAGUCACCAAUCUCGUUACCACCAAAGGAAGAUACUCCCCCAGAAGAACCAAAGGAAGAACCGCCUAAUCCACUUCCUCCAGUUAUAAACACAGUGGCAGAAAACGUUAAAGUGAAAAACAUGAAACGAAAACUUUCUAUGCUCUCCGACAAGGAACCUAGUCCAGAAAUCGUCAUGCCUCAAAAGAAACGACAGAAAACCGGUUCUUACAAAUCAUUGAUCAAAAGAGACACAAGCGCAGUAAAAAUCAACAACGGUAAAAUAAAGCUUUUAGGAGAAAUGUCAAAGCCUCGUCGAAACAGAGCGAAACUCAAGAAAUCGCUUAAGAGAAUACACAGUAUGGAGAAUGAAGCGACAGUGAAACGACGGAAAGGGCCCAAAUUGCUUCCAAUAAACAAUUUCAAAUCAAAAGAGGUUAACCCGUCAACUGAAACCAAAGAAAAGAAAACAGUAUCGUUAAAAAAAGUCAAUUCUAAAUGCAGUUCUAAGCCAGCAAGCGAGAAAGUGUCCGCAAGAAGUAAUGUAGAUAUAAUUAUAGAUAAUGUGAUCAGUGAUGCUUGUAUAAGGACACAGGAAGAGUGCGUAGGUAAAUCGGAAAAGUGUGCGAAAUCUCAAACGAACGGUCCGGUGUUAAAUAAGAAAAGUACAAAUAAAAGUGUGGUGUCUAAAAAACUCAAACUCAAUCCUAAAGCGGCAGAAAACGCCAGGCGAAAAUCCAAAUCUAGUGAAGAAGUAAUACCACCUCCUGCGGCUAAGAUUGUCAGAAGAGCUUCAACUGUACCGAAAUGGUCAAACGGAUGGAUGUGGGAAGGCGAACCAUAUGAAGCAAAAGUAUUCGUAAAUAGCGACGAAUUGACUGUCUACAGAACGUGCUAUCCAGCAAUGAGGCACAGAGGAGGUGAUAAAAUCGUUCCUAGGGACUGCGUUCUUCUUAAAGCAGGACCACGUAAAAAUGAUCUACCGUUUGUAGCCAAAAUUGCUUCUUUAUGGGAGAAUCCAGAAGACGGCGAGAUGAUGAUGUCACUUUUAUGGUAUUAUCGACCAGAACAUACGGAGCAGGGUAGGCUACUAGCUGAUCAACCAGACGAAGUAUUCGCUUCAAGGCACAAGGAUUCGAAUAGCGUGGCGUGCAUUGAUGACAAAUGUUAUGUACUCACUUUUAACGAGUACUGCAGGUACCGCAAGACGUACAAACGGAUCGAGGCGGGAAUAGAGGAAGUCCUACCAUGCAUUCCCAACCCGGAACCAUAUCCAAGAUCUCACAGGCAACCUCCCAUGACUCUAGUAUCUCCCGAGAUGGUAUUCUUUUGCCGGCGAGUGUACGACUUCAGGCAAAAGCGUAUUAUGAAAAAUCCUACUUAAGUUCUUUAUUAUUUUUCCUGUUAGAAUUGUUGAUGAUUUCUAUUUUUAUUUUUUGUUAUUUGUGUUUGUAAUCGGGAUGCCAGGAGACGUCCCAAACUUUAUUUAUUGUUCAAAUAAUCAAAAACAAAAGACUACAGGGUUCUGAGGGGUAUGAACAUUUUACGUUGACUUUUUAAUUCAGUUAAAUUGUGUUUUUGACUAGGAAAGGUUUGGGGUGGUUCUGAUUUCUUUAAUUCCAUAUGUAUUUUGGGAUGCUGAAUCCGAAUAUGAGGUUUGCGGACAAAAUUUCGUGACGCAACAUUAAAAAAAUCGCGAAAAAAGCGAAAAAUUUCUGCUUUGUCCCGCUUUAUUGGUUUAAUCUCGAAAAGUAUUAACUUUCAAUAAAUGGUAUAUUAACAGAAAUUAAAGAAACUUAAAAUUCUCUGUAAAUAUCACUAUUUAAUUUUUUUUAGACGAGCCGUUCGGUCUGAAGUGCGAGUUGAAAAUGGACAAUUUUUAGCGGUCUCUGCAAAAGCAACUUUUUAGGCGGGAGAAAUGUUAAAAACUUAAUAAAUCGUUUUUAUUGAAUUAUUUACAUGAGGUUUUUUAUUGAAAGUUUUAAGGACGGCGCACACCAUCGCGCACGAGUACUUACCUGCACGUCUGCGUUCCCAGUCAUUUUGUUGUUUUAACAAGUUGUUUUUUUGUUGAUUUCUACAAGUUGUGUUUACGUGUGGUGUUAAAAAUGGCUUCUGACGUGUGUUUUUUUUAUGAUAAAGUACUGGAUAAUGAUGUUGAAACGGUUUUGAAAUAACCAUGUUCAGCUCAGUAAAAAACUACAGUUGAGGUUCAUAAGAGUAAGUCGUAAAAACUAUAAUGAUGUAAAAAUGAUAACCGCUUUUUUGAAGAAAGUUAAGGAGGGUUGGAGCAAGUUCAAAGACGUUCUAAAGAACCACCUUUUAAUUUCAAAAGUUUUAUGUGUGGUCUCGUUAUAACCAAAGAAAACCAAUCGCAAUAUGGUGUAUGAAGUUAGAAUUCUAAAACUCAAAGAAACUGUUAUGAAAAGAGCAGAAGAACCUCAAAAAAUAUUAAAAAAUCGGGUCCAUUUGCCAUGAUGUUAAAAGAGCAAUGGAAGAAGACGUAUACUAUUAUUUAGAGAAUAGUGACGGGGAGUGUCAGUUUUUGCUCUAAGAAUUGAUGGACCAAAUCAAGGGUAAAUAUCGUACUGACAAAAAGACAGUCAAAGCUCAUCUACUCAAAAAAUACGGAAGCGAUAUAAUUACAUAUUACCAUGUCUUAAAACAAGAAGCCGGUAGUUUGUUUCAAAGACACAGGCUAUAAAAUCUUGAACGACGCUAGGUACCAGCAAGCGUUAAAAAAAUGAACAAGAGGAAAGACUACGGAUUGUUCAGACGGCUGCUGCCAUUAUUGUUGAUGAUAUCCGGAGCCAGGUUUAUUAACACAGUAGUACUCCCACCGGAUAAAUUUUUAGAAGGAAAUACAUAACUCAUUCCUGAAACACUAUGUACAUUUAUGGAAAAAGUUAUACUUCAUAAAAAACGUGGGAAAUAUGAUAACUGGAAGAAGAAAAGCAACGCGCCUCUUCAUAGUCUUGUAGCGACAGUAAGGCCCAGAUCAUUCGUCUCACCAGUCCUUGUAGGGUUGGCCGUGUUUCUCGACAAAAAGAGACGGCUCAAAAUUGGUAUGAUUGAAUAAUUUAUAAUGACUCUAUGAUUUAUAAUUUUUGAAAAUCUCGGGAGGUUGUAACCAAAGAAAAUAUUCCACCUGUUGUCAAUCUGGUGGUAUGGGAACGAUAUUUAUUGUCGUUUUCUGUGCUACUUCGAUUGAUAACUUACUUUGUUUUUCGGUAGAUGGCUCUACACUAGGUUCGCUUUCAAGAUGCAGUAGAAAUAAACAAACCAAGACACAUUAAAUGCCACUAGGAGCACAACCGAAUCAUAAUUUACAAUGUAUAUACAUUGUAAAUCCCAAAUCAUGAUUUGCAAAGUUUAUACAUUGUAAAUUAUGAUUCGGUUGUGCUCCUAGUGGCAUUUAACGUGUCUUGGUUUGUUUAUUUCUACUGCAUCUUGAAAGCGAACCUAGUGUAGUACAUCCGUGACAUUUCGUUCUUUGCAAUUCGGAAAGGCCCAAAGUGUGAUGCCUGGGCAAAUCGGAGAGAAGAGGAUAUGGGACUACUGAUGAGGAGGAAAAAACCUCCGAAACCGGUAUAGACUCUUCCUGUACUCUCCGAUUUAACCAAAGUAUUAUGCAGCUGCUGCAUUUUCGUGUUGCAAAGAAAUUGAAAAUGUUUAUACAUUUUAAAAUUGGUUGAUAUAGUUUCCUAUUUGGGAUCUUGUUCAUCUUAACAGAAGCUGUUCGUCUGGAAGUGUACAACAUUAUGUAUAAUAAUUUUUAUUUUGUUAGAGUCCUACCUUUUGUCAUUACUGAGUUUGUACAAUAUCGACCUUUUUUCUUUUUAAUUAUUUUUGCAAAAAACUAGGAGAAAUUUAUCAAAUAACACCAUUCUAAUAAAAAAUAAAGUUUUGGAAUGUAAAAAGUGGGUUUUGCAGAGACCGUUACACUUUAGACCGAACGGUUCGACUGAAAAAAAAACUAAAUAGUGAUAUUUGUAGAUAAUUUUAAGUACUUUAAUUUCUGUUAACAAACCAUUUACUAAAAGUUAAUAGUUUUCGAGAUUUAAGCAAAAAAGCGGGAAAAAGCAGAAAUUAUUCGCGAUUGUUUCAAUGUUGCGUCACUAAAUUUUGUUCGCAAACCUCAUAUUCUGAUUCAGCACUCCAAAAUAUGUACAUGUAAAAUGAAAGAAAUCAGAACUACCCCAAAACUUUCCCACUAGGGGGUUCCUAGAGUACAAAUUGACUGAAUUAUUUAUCUGAAAUUUCUUUGAGAAAUCAGAGCCCAAAACACAUAUUUAUUGUCUAAAUUUGAUACCUACUUAUACAUAUUGUUGCAAAAAGGGAACAUUUGUAUAAAUAAAUUAUGAAUAAUGUUGUAUAGAGUAUAGAGAUUAUAUAUUUAACAUAUUUAUAAAUAGUCAAUAGUCUACGCAGGUAUAAAUGGUGUGUGCUUUCAUAGUAGUAGUUGUUUUUUUCAGUGUCGUAUUCUACAUAUUUUAUAAUUGUCAGUAUAAACGUUUGCUUAAGACUAUCACACACGGUACGGUUGAUUUUGAUAAAGAGAUUUGAUUGUUACCCAACCAUGCUUAAUGUUCCUUUGAGGGACCAGUGUUUUAUAUGAAAGUAUUAACUUUUUCGACAAAACUACGUAGGGAUAAAUGUGAUACAGAAUAAAAAUCUUUAUUUUUAAAACGUUUUUAUACACUCCACUUGUUCUUUGUCACUUUGUCCGGAAAAAAAUUAAACAUACUUCCUGACUAGCUAGAGGUCUGAAAUUUUCCGAAUAUGUCAGAACUCGAUGACAAUGCAUAUUCAACAGCUUUUACGUGGAUGCACUGAGUUUUAUUAUUCCAAAAAUUCAUUUAUUUUAAUACUGUUGCACUAGAAUUUAUAUGCCAAGUAUUUAUCUCCAUACCUAACAUCCAAUAUGGUCUAGUGGCUAGGAUACCUGGUUUCACCCAGGUGGCUCGGGUUCGAUUCCCGGUAUAGUAAAUCCUUUUUGGUUUUAAAAUUGACAUUUUUAUUUGAAAAAUAUUUGUUUUUAUAAUACUUUUUUUAUAGUGUCAUAUAAAUAAUAAAAACGUUUUAUUAUAAAAAGUUGCUUUUUAUAAAAGUGUAAUUAUUUGCGAUUGAGAUUAAAUGACGAUUUUGUACACUAGGGACCAAAAUGUAAAACCUUUAUUUACCUACGGUUAAGAAACCUAUAAAAUUAUCUCUUACACUAUCAAUAAAGAAACGAAAGAAACGUACAAUCAAUAUAAGGACCUAUAAAUAACAGGUACACAUAAAAAGGUUUAUUCGCCUUUUUGACACAAAACCGUCGACCUAAAACUUUUUUAUCGGCUUACUACUGAACAGUUCCUUAUUUCGCAAAAAUAGAAAAUAUUACAAUUUAUUACUAAAUGCAAUCAAAAAUUGUAUCUUUUGAUAACUGCAGCCACACAUUAGGAAUUACAAACUUCACACCAUUUUAUAAAUCACAUAAUGCUCACUUAGUACAGUCGGAAAAAUGAAAGAAUACCCAUGAACGAUCACAUCAAUCACUUAUUUUGUAUUUGCUGUCUUUUUCUAUACCAAACGUUUGCUAUUUAUAGAAAAAGAGAGCAAAUACAAAAUAAGUGAUUGAUGUGAUCGUUCAUGGGUAUUCUUUCAUUUUUCCGACUGUAUAUAAUUUACACUACAUGUUCCCGAUACAAAGUUAAGAUAUCCUUUACGUUCAUUGUAUUUUGUAAUGCUAUUACAGUUUAGGUGUUUUUUUAUAUGAUUCAUCUCCAGUGUCCGAAAAUAAUAUGUUAUGUUUAUGAGUACUAUGUCUUAAUCAGUCUGAAUGAGUCUGAUCUAAUCAUCAGUCCUGGGAUAAUACAUAUAAUUAACAUUUCAAAGAGUUUUUCAAUUUUGUCUAAUAUUUUCUCAAUUUUCGCUAGAAUUUGUGACUGUUUGAUUGUAUUGUAGAGCAUUAUGUAGCAUUCGGUCGUAAAAUAAUCGUCAAUUAUUACAAAAGUAAUUUGAAAAAUUUGUGUCUAAUUUGAAUAUAUUUAUGCAAUUGUGUACUUUUAAGUUCUAUUAGAAUAGUGAUAUAUAUGUAUCGGUUUUAGAACGUCUUUCGACGUUGUCCGCUGCCUAACUUCCACGUCCUUCUAUCAUCCCAUUGGCCAUCUCUAAGAUCCCUUGCACUCAUUGCUUUGGUUACCCCUUCUUUCCAUGUCUUUUUGGGUCUUCCUCGUUUUUUGCGGUUUGGUGGUACCCACUGCAUGAUCUUUUUGGUCAAUCUUGUGUCUUCCAUUCUUUGAACAUGACCAUACCAAAUCAACUGUUUCCUCUCAAUGUCUGUUGUUAAGUAACCAUCUAUUCCAAUUCGUCGUCUUACUUCCUCAUUUCGAACUCUUUCCCUACGGGAUAUACCUAACGAUCUUUAUAUUCUCCAAGUUUCUGCUCCGUAAAGUAGGCUGCUUUUAAUAAGUGUUUCAUAGAUAUUGUAUUUUCGCUGUAUUCGUAUUUCGGAGCUCCAAAGUAUUCCAUUUAGCCAGCCAAUUGUUCUUCUAGCUUGUGUUACCCUUUUCUUUAAUUCCUCAUUGUCUUUUCCCGUUCUAUCGAAGAUUACUCCCAGGUACGUGUAUUCACUACAGGAUGUGAUUUGUUCAUUAUCUUCUAGUUCGAUAUUGGAUAACUCAGCUCCUAUGGGUAGGUAUUUAGUUUUUUCCACAUUAAUUUCCAAGCCCCACUGUUCAUAUUCCUCCUUUAGUUUUCUUGCCAUAUACUUUAAGGUCGUCUUUAUUAUUAGCUAUGAUCACUUGGUCAUCAGCAAAUUGUAAGGUAUAUAAAAAAACCUCUCCGAGGUCUAUACCCGUACCAUGGCAUUUAUGUUUCCACUGGUUUAGUGCUUUUGCAACAUAUAUCUUGAACAAAGUUGGUGAAAUACAGCAACCCUGGCGCAGACCCUUGUUAAGUAUGAACUUUUUAGAUAGUGUGUUGCCAAUUUUUACUUGCGAUGUAGAAUUUUCGUAUAGAUUUUUUAAGGCGUUGACUAGAGUGUAGCUGAUAUUAAUUUCUUGUAGUGAUUUCCACAAUUUAGUCACAGGUAGGGGAGCAAACCUUAAUUGCUUAUGGUAGGGGAGCAAAGUAUGCUAAAUGUGCAGUCACUCGAGCGUUAUGGGGACCUAUUGGGUUGUGAAGAGUAGGUCCUAAAACCAAAAAAAGUUAAGUAAAGUUUUCCAUUUUAGUGGGGACUUUCCAUUUUUAAUUUAAUUUUCCAUUUCCAACAAUCGUUUUGUUUAGAUUAUAGCGCCAUCUAUCCAUAAUUCGAAAAAAUGUCUCGAAUAAAAGUUACUUAUUUUUACGUGAGGAAUCCAAAUCUGCAAUAAAAAAAUGGGGGCUCCCAUUUAAGAUUUUAAAGUAUCCCCCACCCCACCUCUGUGAGGGGUCGUGUUUAGUGCCAUUCGAUAGAUUUUUCAAAAAUAUUGAAUAAGUGUAUUUUUCAGUUUUUGGAUCUGAUGUUCAUUUCGCGAAAUAUCACGGGAUUCGUAUUUAAAAUUUUUAAUUUACCCCCCACCCCUCUUCGUGGGAAGUCGUGUUUGGUAUCAUUCGAUAGAUUUUUGAAAAAUAUUGAGCACGUAUUUUUUAGUUUUUCGAUCUGUCAUUUAUUUCGCGAGAUAUUCGCUUUUUUCUUGUGAAACUUUGGGACUGACCCAUUUCCUUACGCCCCGCUAAAAUCGUCAGAUUUUUUAAAUAUACACUGUUUUACAUGUACUUAACUUACCUUAGCUUAAUCUGACAAUUUCGAGUAUUUUUAAGGAUAGAUUUUUUUCGGACCCCCUUUAACGAACUCCUCUGAAUUAAGAGCCAGUAUAUGGUAGAGGUACAUUUUCAGGGUACAAGGUUUCUCCCCAUAUAAUAAUCUGACGCGCUCGAGUAACUGCAAAAAUCCCCGCUUGGGCUCCCCUACCAUUACCAUUAUGAAGUGGCAAGUAGCUCAAAAUGAAAUAGAAACGUAUAACAAAACACAUAAAAGAUAUACAUUUAUUUUGUAUUUUAUCGCUUACGUAAAUGUUGACGAAAAUCACAAAAUUAAAUCUUUAUAAGUAAUGAAAUUUGAAGAUGAUGUUUUGGUUAAUAGGAAAAAGGAGAAUAAGACUGAGACAAAGCAAACAGCGGCAGCUGUAUACUAUCAAUAUGAUUUUAAACACCAUCUACAAAUUUUUUAUUUAUAAUAAUUGAAUGUACGAUGAAGAAUCACCUCAUAAAUUAACAAUUAUUCACAAAUAUCCCUCUGUAAUUUUGUCGAGAAUGUUUUAAUGCACCUUUUAUUUCUUUUUUUAUGACUAUAUUGGACUUUUUUUUGGAUUUAUACGUAUGGAAAUUUUUAUUUUUCAUUAUAUUCUCGUAUAUUUUCCAAUUUUUAUUCGGGAGUUUAUAAUCAUUUUUAAUUGCUGUAGACAAGUUGUAAAAAACAGUUAACAUUUUAUAUUCUUCACCAGGAACAUGGUGUUUUGAUUGAAUUUUUAUAAAUAAAAUUGCUUUGUGUGUUUAAAACGGAAUGCAUGGAGACAAAAAUAUAUAUUCAAUCUGUUUUGAUAUAUACACAUAUUUUUCUAUACUACUAACCCUAUUUUGCUUAUAUAUAUAUAUAUAUAUAUAUAUAUAUAUAUAUAUAUAUAUAUAUAUAUAUAUAUAGUAUUACUGUAAUUCUGAAUUGAAAAGAACUCAGAUCUUAUUAAUAUAUUGUUUUAAAAUUG